AUGCUCAGAAAGGCGGCAUGCUCUGUGCCGUGGAAGCGAUUGGUCCGUUUCGUUCCUCGGCGGGAUUCAUCCAAAAUCCUCCUCGGACACCCUCGAGACGACAACAUCGACGUCGGACUUGCUGUGCGGACAGGCCAAGAUGUCGCUGUCGAUAUCUUCUCAGGGUCAUCCGUAUUGUCGCCCGGUCAGGCGACUGGGACUAGCGACAUCAUCGACAGAGUGCUUUCUCCCCUGGCAGGCACUGAGGUCGGCACCAUCCGAUGUAUCGGCUUGAACUACAAGCAACAUGCAGCGGAGGUCAAUAUGGCCUUGCCGACCGUGCCGACCGUGUUCAUGAAACCAGAUACAUCUCUCGGCGAUCCUUGGCCCGCUCCUACUGUCCUACCAAAAAUCACACAGCUCGACGACUGUGGCGACUACGAGGCCGAGCUCGCGGUCGUGAUUGGCAAAACGGCCAAGGACGUUUCGGAAGCCGACGCCAUGUCUUAUGUAUUGGGAUACACUGCCUGCAACGACAUCUCCAGUCGUACGCCGCAGUUCGCCCAGAGCCAAUGGAGCUUCUCGAAGGGGUUUGAUGGCGCCUGUCCCAUUGGACCGACGCUGGUGUCGCCGUUGCUGAUUCCCGAUGCGGCGAAGCUUCGCGUCCGUGGGCUGAAGAACGGAGCCGUGCUGCAAGAUUGCGGGACGGACGAUUUGAUCUUCUCAAUCCCGCAGCUGAUCAGCUUCUUGUCCCAAGGCACCACAUUACGGCCUGGCACAUUGAUCAUCACGGGUACGCCGGCGGGAGUGGGUAUCGUGAGGAAGCCGAAGGUCACAAUUACGCAGGGCGACGAGUUUCACGUCGAAAUCUUGCCCCACAUUGGCACGUUGGUGAAUGUGUUUGCAAACGCGCAAUGA